UUUGUAGAAGAAGGUGGAAUCGAUAGGAGAUAGAUGGAUGUGUUUGAGUAUCUGUUUGUGGUGAUGGUAGUGGGAGCUCUAUGCCAUUCGAGCGUUGAUGCACAAGGAGUCCCUCCCUUUGGCGUGCAAGCCAUACGUGAAAACUGGAAAGUGACAUUGAUCGUCACCUUCUCCUUUUUGUUGGUUGCCUUUAUCUUCUUCCUCGUGUUUCGCUUUCAAUCGCCUCGUUCAAGCCACGAGUGCAAAAACGAGGACACACCCAACAACAAGGUGAUUGAAAACUGCCCCAUCUUCGUCUACGCCACGGCGAAGGAGCUCAAAUUAGGAAAUGAGGCGAUGGAGUGCACGGUGUGCUUGAGCGAGUUUGAAGACAAGGACACCAUAAAGAUGCUUCCAAAGUGUGCACAUGUUUUCCAUCAGCAAUGCAUUGAUAACUGGCUACCCUCUCACAUGACCUGCCCCAUUUGUCGCCACAACCUCACUUCCGACACCAUUCAUACCCCAUUCAACACCAAUUAGGUAUUCCAUCUGUUGCAUCAUAACAUGUCUUGUAAAUAUUAAUAAUAAUAUGAUUAGUUUAUGUUCAAUUAUAUCAAAUAAUUUCGGACCAUGUUUA